UCAGCAAGAGACACAAACACUCUUGAGAGUGUUCCAUGAAACUGACUGAAGAAAGAGCUUUUCUUUUAAAUAGAUAUUUUUAUUGAAAAUUUAACAUGUUUUUACAAGCUUACAGAUUAAAAAAAACACAAGUACAAGCACUAAUAUACAAUUUUAUAUUAAAUAAAUAAUAACCAAAAGCUGUCAAACAAAAAGAAGAGAUACAGAAAAAAAAAGACAAAACUCAACUAACUACUAAUCUAACCUUUAGCUAACCAGAGUGUGUAAUAAAAUAUCUUCCAUUCCUCAAAGAAGAAUAAAAAAGGAUAACAUAGUAAUUAAAUAGUGAAGUACAUGCUCGGAAUGAAUUAACAUCAAGUUGUAAUAAAGCCCAUAUUCAUGCGGGAUUCCUCCCCCAAGGAGACCUGGACCAGCCAAGAACCACUACUAGAUGAAAGCCCUUGACAAAAUGGUGAGGAAAGAGCUUUAAGCAGUUACACAGACUGACAAACAUCUGACUGUUCACAGCACAUGUUCACUGUGUGGAGGAGAAUUCAACUGAUCAUCCAACCUUGACAGACACCCACACUGGCACCCAUGAAGAAACCAUGGAAAUGUGGGGAGUGUGGGAAGGGAUUCAGAUUCCCAUCCUGGCUGGAAACUCAUCAACGCACUCACACUGGGGCUGACACCAUGGAGAAACCAUGGAAAUGUGGGGACUGUGGGAAAGGAUUCAAUUACCCAUCCCAGCUGGAAAUUCAUAGGCGCAGACAUACUGGAGAGAGGCCGUUAUCGUGUUCAAAGUGUGGAAAGGGAUUCAUUGAUUUAUCCAGCUUACAAAUACACCAGAGAAUUCACACUGGUGAGAAACCGCUUAUCUGUUCCAAGUGUGGGAAAGGAUUUGCUCAUUUAUCUAGUUUACAUGUACAUCAGAGAAUUCACACUGGGGAGAAACCAUUCACCUGUUCCGAGUGUGGGAAGGGAUUCGCUCAGUCGUCCAACUUAUAUAAACACCGAAGAACUCAUACUGGGGAGAAGCCAUUCACCUGCUCUGACUGUGGUCGGGGAUUCACUCAGUUAUCCAGCUUACAGAAACACCAGAGAACUCACACCGGGGAGAAACCAUUCACCUGCCCUGACUGCGGGAGGAGAUUCACUCAGUUAUCCAGCUUGCAUUCGCACCAGAAAACCCACACUCGUGAGAAACUGUUCACUUGCUCCAAGUGUGGGAAGGGCUUCACCCAGUCAUCUGCCCUGCUGACACAUGAGAGAGUUCACACUCAUGAGAGACCUUUUCAAUGUCCAGACUGCGGAAAGUGCUAUAAAAGUUCUGGGGAGCUGAUGUCCCAUCAAAUUCUUCACACUGAUGAGAGACCAUUCAGGUGCUCUCACUGUGGAACUGGGUUCAGGCGGUCAACUCACCUUACUGUACACCAGCGUAUUCACACAGGAGAGAGGCCAUUCACCUGCUCCAAGUGUGGGAAGGGAUUCACUCAGUCAUCUGCUCUGCUGAGGCACCAGCAAGUUCAUGAAUGACUUGGAUUUUGAAGUCAUUGCUGCUGUUAAUCACACCCAGGACUAAACAUGGGGGUAAUUUUAGGUUGGGGUAGGAAUAUUACCCAGCUGCUGUCUUCCAUGGUUAAGAGCUUCUCGACAUCAAACACAAGCUCCUUUACAACUGGGUUUAGAUUCAGCAAGAACAACAGCAAUGUUGGAAACGUUCAAUCAGAGAUUGGGUCAAACUGGCUUCUGUUCCUGACUGAAAGUGAAGUGGCAGGUUCACGUUUCCAGUUCGAAAAUGGCUGAUCCUUAUUGUGGAGAAAGUGAGGACUGCAGAUGCUGGAGAUCAGAGCUGAAAAAUGUUUUGCUGGAAAAGCGCAGCAGGUCAGGCAACAUCCAAGGAGCAGGGCAAUCGACGUUUCGGGCAUAAGCGCUUUUCCAGCAACACAUUUUUCAGCUCUGAUCCUUAUUGUCCAAGCAUUAAAAAUGUUUGUUGGUCAUGUCUGAUUCUCCCACUGUAAGGCGAUAACAAUAACAAUUACAUUUUAAGAAAUAUCUUAAAAGAUGGGAAGGAGUUUAGGGAAGGAAUUUCAGAGCUUGAGGCCUUUGCAGCUCAAAGCUGGGCCAAUAUUGUGGAGCGUUGUAGGCGGUAGGUAGGAAAAUCAGAAUCGGAGGAGUGCACUGGGUUCAGAGGUCGUAGGUUAUAAAGACUAUCUCUCAUGAAAACAGUGACUGUCUCCCUGGAGCUUCAAGCACCACUUUGAAAUGGAUCAAUACAGGACACGUCUACUGCCUUAGACAGGAUGACAGGUAGUCAUAUCUGUGCACUUGCAACAUAUGCUUGAUCUCCAACAAACUGGUCUGUAGCAGAGUGGGAACAAUGAUGUGACGCUGGUCCAGGAGAUGGAUGUUGGGAGACAGGGUAGUGGGAACUCCACUUGAAGCACUCCAGCUUCUCAACCCUUAAUCCCCAAGCAGCACCCGAUGCACUGCCUCCAUCUCCUGCCCCUCCACUCGGAGUCAGUUCCACCUGUACCUACAGAGGAGCAAUCUUUAUGGGACCGUCCAGGACUCUGAAACUGAAGAGAGUGGAGACCAAAAGUAUUUGAGCAGUGCCAGCAGGGAUCUGAGCAGCCUGUCUGUACCUCUGCUGAAACCACAAAGAAGGUAGAAGUAACAGGACGGGUGUGUGCUGGGAAUUGCAUUCGGCCAAGGGAUAUUUGACAAAAUAUCAAGCUUCCUUUUUUAAGGUGUAUGAGUUGGAACAGUUCCAGCUCUUGUCCAAGCUCAUACCUGAAGACCAUCUCCCUCCUUUGCUGGUUUCAUGUUGAAAUAUUUGUUGUUGUUUGGAUGUGUUCUUUGAGACGGGUGGAACUUGAAUGGGGGUUUUCUGGCCCAAAAAUAAGUUGCUACGGUCCUAUUCUCUCAUUAGAGAGAGAGAGAGAGGACUGGUGGUGGUUGACCUGAAGGGCACCACAUGGCAGGUGGGGAGAGAGAGGUUGAGAAGGAGUAUCCUUCAUGGUAACGUAAGCUGGUGUGGGAAUUGAACCCACACAGUGGGCAUUCCCCUAUAUUGCAAAGCAGCAGUU